UUCAGAGAAGCCCAACUGGGAUUACCAUGCUGAGAUACAAGCGUUUGGACAUCGGUUACAGGAAACCUUUUCCUUAGAUCUUCUCAAAACGGCAUUUGUUAAUAGUUGCUAUAUUAAAAGUGAAGAGGCCAGACGCCAAAAACUUGGGAUAGAGAAAGAAGCAGUGCUUCUGAAUCUUAAAGAUAAUCAAGAACUAUCUGAACAAGGGGCAUCUUUUUCACAAACUUGCCUCACACAGUUUCUUGAAGAUGAGUACCCAGACUUGCCCACUGAAGGCAUCCAUAGUCUUGUUGACUUUCUUACUGAUGAAGAAGUCAUGUGUCAUGUGGCUAGAAACUUGGCGGUGGAGCAGUUAACGCUGAGUGCAGAAUUUCCAGUCCCUCCACGUGUGUUACGGCAGACUUUCUUUGCAGUGAUUGGCGCCCUGCUACAGAGCAGUGGACCUGAGAGGACUGCGCUCUUCGUCAGGGAUUUCUUAAUUACCCAAAUGACUGGAAAAGAGCUCUUUGAGAUGUGGCCAGUCAUAAAUCCCAUGGGACUACUGGUAAAGGAAUUGAAGAAAAGGAAUAUUUCGGCUCCUGAGUCUAGACUUACGAGGCAGUCUGGAAGCACCACAGCUUUGCCUUUGUAUUUUGUCGGCUUAUAUUGUGAUAAAAAGUUGCUUGCAGAAGGCCCUGGAGAAACAGUAUUGGUUGCAGAAGAAGAAGCUGCACGAGUGGCACUUAGAAAACUCUAUGGAUUCACAGAGAAUAGACGGCCAUGGAACUAUGCGAAGCCCAAAGAAAACUGUAGGGCAAAAAAGACCAUCACUGUGGGUUGACCAGCCAAAAGAUGUGGGCACCUGGAAUUUUUUUUUUUUUUUUUUUGGAGAGGUUUUUGCUCUAGGGCUCACCAGAAGACAGAGAGAGACAGAGAGACA